CCUGGUCUUUCUCUUGGCUCUUCCCUUGGUUCUGGUCUUCCCUCGCUCUGGCUCUUCCCUUGGUCCUGGUCUUGCCUCUGUCGGUCUGGUCUCAGCCUUUUUCCCGUGGUCCCCCUGGCUGCCUACAACCGGUCCCUGCUUGGGCUGUCUAGUCUGGCGUUCAACGGUGUUGGUCACAACCGGUCUUCAGGCGAGAUCAGAGGACGGAGAAAUCCUUUUCGGUUUUUCGCCAUAGAAAUAUGGUAGUGUCCUUUCGGUUGGAUGCCUUGUCUGCUGGUCUGGUCUGGUCUGCCAUGGUGGGGCUCGCAUGAGGAGCCAGGUGCCACCGUAAAUCGCGUUCGACUCUCAGGACUCGACUAUCGGCAUUCGACUACUCUCUGGCAUUCGACUCUCGGCAUUCGACUCUCGGCAAUCGACACUCGGCAAUCAGCUCCCAGCUUCAGUGUUCGGCUCCCAGCAUCCGAGUAUCCAGUAAGCAGCUCCUCCAGCAUUCGACAACAGCAGCAAUUUUUUUUUUUUCUUUUUUGGGUGUUUCGAGAGUCAAUUCUUUCCCCUACCCCCACCCCUUCCCUUUCCUCUUCCCUUUCCUCUUCCCCCCUUCCAUCUUCCUUCCGUCCUUCCCUUCCCCCUUCCCCACUCACAGGCAAUCCACAACCGAUUGCUUGCACUUGACUCUCGAAACGUAGCGUACGUCAUGGUUCCCACUCGUUUGUACCAUGAUGGCUGGGUUUGUGG